CCUCCAAAUAUUUUCUAAAAAUAAAAAAAAUUCUUUUCAAUUUUUAAAACACCAAAUUCCUCCUAAAAUGUACUUAAAAGAACAACAAAUAUAUUUAAAUAUUCAAUUAUUAUUUUUUAUUUUGGCUGUCAGUAGUUUUUUGACAACUAAGGGAAGUGAAGUAAAACAACGAGAAAAUAAUAAAUUGGAAUAUGAUAAAAAUGAAAUUGAGAGGCAAAAAGAGCAAUUAAUUCGAGAUUUGAUUGCCUUAACACGUGAAAGACAAUAUUCCCGAGACUGGCAACAAUUACAGCAACAACAAAAUUUUCUUAACAGUUUUGGCCCUUCCCCACAUUUAUUCCCCUCUUCAGGCAUUGAAUGGCCACAACAAAAAAUAUUUGUUGAAGAAGGGGAAGUAGAAGAACCUUUAGAGGAAAAUGAGAAAGAAAAAAGAGCACAAACUUUUGUUCGAUUCGGAAAGAGAGCACAAACAUUUGUUCGGUUUGGGAAAAGGGGACAGACUUUUGUUCGAUUUGGGAGAGAUUCAAAACAUCAACAAAAUUUGUCAGAUCAGAAGCAGUUAAAAAACGACAAACAAUAA